AGUCGAGACAAUAUCUCACUUUCUCUUUCAACCAUUCAACCAUUCAUUAAAAAAACUGCAUUGUUUACGUUUCAACUCCUUUUUUCUCGAGACGCGUUCUGGAGUUGGGUCAUAAACCAGACAGUCUCCUUUGCUGGGGUAGCUGAUGUCGAUCGACUGCAUAAACUUAGAGCUCACUUGUUGUUUGGACCUUCUGGAAGGCGGUUGGCUGCGCUGAAACUAAGUGAUUUGAUUUGUUAAGAUGAUGAAGAUUGUUUCUACCGCGAUUUACCGAUUUUUUGGAUUCGUUUACGCUGUCGCAGGCCUGAUUGGCUGUAUUCUUUUGUUAGUGUUCAAGAAUGACUUAAGCUCAGAUCCAAGGGAACGUAAUGCUAUUCUGCAUCUUGCUUGUUCUGGAUUGUUUUUCUACGUGGUUCUAAUCCUUGGACUAAUUAUGCGCAACGAAAAACUUAUAAAAGCUCACCUGAUUUACAUGGAUGUAAUGUGUUUAGUUCAUGUAGUUGGUAUUAUUUGGGCCGGUUAUGCGAGCAGUGAAAAAGUCCGCCAAAAUAUAGAGGAAGCAAAUUUCCUAACUUUACCUGAAAAGAUCGCGCUUGAAAACAAAGUAAUUAGUAACAUCGAAGCAUCAGUUACAUGGACCUUGGUUUGCAUUGCCGCAACUAAUAUCUUAGUCACUGUCAUUUUUAGAGGUGUCAUUAAAUCUAUCAAAAAGACUGAACAACAACAGCUGGAUGUCGUUAUUUCCUACGUUUAACAGGCAUGAAGUUUGAUUUCGUUAGAAGAAAGGUGGUAAUGAUUUAAUUAGGUUGGUUUACUUGUAUUGUGUAACACAAUUUAGCAAAUAUAUGUAGCUUGUAAAAAUUUA